CGCCGUUCCUUUGUGCGUUCAGACGCAUUCAAGCAAGUCCGUAGGUCAUGGCAGGACGACAAGAACAUCGUCGACGGCUGUCACCAUCAUAAUCUCAAAAAAUAGCCUCGUUUGCCAUACAGACGGCCCGCAUCAGCGCCCAAACACCUAUCUCUUCCAGAUUCACACCGUCUGUCUGAAUGACCUCAGUGGAAUUUUGUUUCGCUUGUUCGAUGGAGAGAACAACUCAGCAGACGGAACAUGCGUCAAUUAGUAUGAUCGGACCUUUCGGACUAUAAAGUACUGCACUCAUGAUUGAUGGUGAUGUACUCCUUUACCCGACCAUCCUCCAGCUGAACGCCAUAUCGUUAUGUCGUUCCACUUGUGAAUGGUCGUCCUUGUGAACGGAAUAUCUCGGUUCACCCCUUCUCUUCUAAUGUCGUCUUGAAGAGCCAGCACAUAGCAAGUGGAACCCAGGCCCAACGUCAAGCUUCGUGGAUGAGCAUCAAAACAGAGCUUCUAGAUAUUCCCACAAUGCAUGGUUUUUCAUGCCUCGGGUCGGAGGACUACUCAAUGAGUCUUGAACCUCCCGCGCCUGUCCCUGUUGAUAGCUUUCGCUUCUCCACUUGAUUGGUGGUAGAACGCACGUUUGUCUCAUGCACUUCUAUGAAUUCGAUUCAAUCUGUCAUUGAUCCAGGUCCCUUCUCCUCCUGAGCUCCCUUUAAGUACCUACUGUCUGCUCUUCCUGCGUCGUGCUCUGCCAUCCACUUUGUCGACUUGCCAUGACCAAUACUACGGGAAAGACCACGGACGAUGUUGCAGAUGUUUCGGUGGUCCCUACUGUUGAGCAAACGAAUAAGGAGCGCAAUGCCCCGAAAUUUCGACAUCUCACUCGUAAGGAGACUCUGAGCGCGUACUUCACCAUUGCAGCCGCUGCCUUUGGGCUUAUCAGUGAUGGAUAUCAGAACAAUCUCAUGACUAUGUCCAAUGUCGUGUUCAAGAAAUUGUAUCCCAAAGAAUACACUUCAAGCGUCUCGACACGUGUAUCCAACUCGCUCCUUGUUGGUGCAAUUAUUGGCCAGAUCGUUGUCGGUCUGGUAUGCGAUCGUCUUGGGCGCAAGGUUGCUCUGGUCGGCACGACGCUUCUGAUUGUUAUUGGCGCAACGCUUGGCACCGCCGCUCACGGCGCCCAUGGAAGUGUUCAAGGUCUUUUCUGGUUCUUGACGUUUGCACGAGGUAUCACAGGCAUAGGCGUCGGGGGAGAAUAUCCCGCAUCGUCGACCAGUGCUAGUGAAGCUGCUAAUGAGAAAAUGAUCAAGCACCGUGGGCCUGUGUUCAUCAUGGUCACCAAUUUUGUCCUAAGUUUCGGUGGCCCAUUGGCGGUGUCCGUGUUCUUGAUUGUCAUCUCGGCAGCUGGCGAAGAUCAUCUCCCAACCGUCUGGCGUGUAUGUUUUGGAAUCGGAAUCAUCCUUCCCUUAACUGUCUUUUACUUCCGUAUGCGUAUGUUGAGCUCGAAGCUCUACCGAGAGGGCGCAAUCAAACGUCGGGUCCCGUAUGUGUUAGUUAUUAAAAGGUACUGGAAGCCACUAAUUGGUACUUGCGGCGCUUGGUUCCUUUAUGAUUUUGUUACUUUCCCGAACGGUGUCUUCUCCGGAACCAUCAUCUCUAGCGUCAUUUCGGACGGUGAUAUCAAGUCUACCGCCGAAUGGCAGUUGCUUCUUGGCGCAAUUGCGCUACCGGGUGUCUUCGUCGGUGCUUUGCUGUGCAAUCCCUUGGGCAGACGCAACACGAUGAUCCUCGGCUUCAGCGGGUAUCUCGUCUUCGGUUUGAUCAUCGGAAUCGCGUACGACAAGAUCACGAAGAUCAUCCCACUUUUUGUGAUCUUCUAUGGUCUCAUGCAGUCAUUUGGGAAUCUCGGACCUGGAGAUAUGUUAGGACUUGUGAGCGCAGAAUCAUACGCGACACCCAUUAGAGGGACAUGCUACGGCUUAUCGGCGGCGAUUGGGAAAACCGGUGCCGCGGUGGGUACUCAGGCAUUUACACCUAUUCAGAACAACCUCGGCAAGAAGUGGACGUUCAUCAUUGCCGCAAUCUGUGGUGUCACCGGUAUUCUUGUGACGUACUUCUUCGUGCCGGACAUGACAGGUGUCGACUUGGCUGAUGAGGAUCGCAAGUUCAUGCAAUACCUUGCCGAUAAUGGAUGGGAAGGUGAGAUCGGCGAAGACGAGGACCUCGUUGACGAUGAUACUUCCAGCGAAUCCGUCUCUGUUGACAAGAAGUAGAGAAUAUUUUCAACUUUAUUCAUGAUCUCUCACGAACUGUAACGAUAACGACUACUGUGAUUUUUGUAUGGUGUAUUGGCUUAUGAAUGUGAUGAUCCCCGUUGAGAACCGUUGAACCAGAGGACCUUCCAGAUCGAGUGAUCA